CCGCGUGGGGCCUUGCCCGGCCCGGCUCGGCUCGGCUCGGCCCGGCAGGAGGGAAGCGGGCCGGACCUUGGCACCGGUGGCACCGGGAGCCGGCGAUCGAGCGCGCCCCUCGGCCUCGCCUCCGCGCCCCGAAGCGACCGGAGGAGGCAGGUGGCCUUCUAGAAGAUGACCAUAGAGGACCUUCCAGAUUUUCCAUUAGAAGGACAGUCUUUAAUCGGAAGAUACCCGUUUUUAUUCCCAGGAUCGGACACACCAGUUAUCUUUUCUAUUUCUGCAGCACCAAUGCCUUCGGAUUGUGAGUUUUCUUUCUUUGAUCCCAAUGACACAUCCUGCCAGGAAAUUCUCUUUGACCCCCAGACUUCAGUAUCAGAGUUGUUUGCCAUUUUAAGGCAGUGGGUUCCUCAGGUCCAGCAAAACAUCGAUGUUAUUGGAAACGAGAUCCUGAAGAGAGGCUGCAAUGUGAAUGAUCGAGAUGGACUGACAGACAUGACACUCCUUCAUUACACGUGCAAGUCUGGGGCUCACGGAAUUGGUGACGUGGACACCGCUGUGAAGUUCGCCACCCAACUGAUUGAUCUGGGUGCAGAUGUGAGUUUGCGGAGCCGCUGGACCAACAUGAAUGCUCUGCACUAUGCCGCUUAUUUUGACGUCCCUGAGCUGGUCAGCGUCAUCCUCAAGGCCGCAAAGCCCAAAGAUGUAGAUGCCACUUGUAGUGACUUUGACUUUGGAACUGCAUUGCACAUUGCCGCCUCCAACCUGUGUGCAGCAACUGUGAAAUGCUUAUUGGAACAUGGAGCCAACCCUGCCUUCAGAAAUGACAAAGGGCAGAUCCCUGUGGAUGUGGUCCCAGAUCCCGUGGAGAUGCCCCUCGAGAUGGCCGAUGCGGCUGCUACCGCCAAAGAAAUCCGGCAGAUGCUCUUCGACGCGGCGCCCCUGACCUGGGACCUCUCAAGACUGGCACUGCCCAGUUGUGACCGCGUCACCAGCAAGGCCACACUUACGUCACUUGGCCUGAAGCUGGGGGAUCGUGUGGUCAUCGCUGGACAGAAGGUUGGAACAUUGAGAUUUUGUGGAACAACUGAAUUUGCAAGUGGACAGUGGGCUGGUGUAGAGUUGGAUGAACCUGAAGGCAAAAACAACGGAAGCGUUGGCAAAGUCCAGUAUUUUAAAUGUGCCCCCAAAUAUGGUAUUUUUGCACCCCUGUCAAAAAUCAGUAAAGCAAAAGACCGAAGGAAGACCACCCUACACUCAUCCUCCACCAAGACUGCGCCUCUCAUCAGAUCCCAGAAGGUCGAUGUGGCCCAUGUAACAUCCAAAGUCAACACCGGAUUAGGGACGUCAAAGAAAGAUGGCGCUGCUUCUGAAUCUGCACUUCCAUUGCCACCUGGUGAAGAAUCGAAAACUGUAACCGAGAAAGAUGCCGCCCCGCUUGGAUCGCUCAGCAGCUCCUCUUCCCUGUCCUCUCUGGAACACAGACAGAGCCACCCCAAGAAACCCACCGCAAGUGGCAAUGACAAGAAGACAAUGAGUAAAAGCUCUUCCACUUCUUCUAGAGCCAGUGCUGGUUUAAAUUCCUCAGCAACUUGUGUAGCAAACACCGCCCGAGGUGGGGGACUGAACCUGGGAGACAGAGUGUUGGUGGUAGGCCAGAGAGUCGGGACCAUUAAGUUCUUUGGGACAACCAACUUCGCUCCAGGAUAUUGGUACGGUAUCGAGCUUGAGAAACCCCACGGCAAGAAUGAUGGCUCGGUGGGAGGCGUGCAGUAUUUCAGUUGUUCUCCAAGAUACGGAAUCUUUGCUCCCCCAUCCAGGGUGCAAAGACUCACAGAUUCUCUGGACACGCUUUCAGAAGUUUCUUCAAAUAAACAGAAUCAUUCUUAUCCGGGUUUUAGGAGAAGUUUCAGUACAACGUCUGCUUCUUCCCAAAAAGAGAUUAACAGAAGAAAUGCUUUUGCCAAAUGCAAACCCACCCUGCGCCGCAGCUGGAGCAGCACCCCCACAGCGGCAGGUGGCAUCGAGGGGGCCGUGAAGCUGCACGAAGGCUCCCAAGUCCUCCUCACCAGCUCCAACGAGAUGGCCACAGUUAGGUACGUGGGCCCAACUGACUUCGCCUCUGGAAUCUGGCUGGGACUCGAGUUGCGCAAUGCCAAGGGGAAGAACGACGGUGCAGUGGGGGACAAGCGCUACUUCACCUGCAAACCCUACCACGGAGUCCUGGUGCGGCCCAGCAGAGUCACCUACCGGGGGAUUAACGGCUCAAAGCUUGUGGAUGAGAACUGCUAAAAGUCCCCAUAUGGACAAUGCACUGGGCUCAGCCAUGUCCCCCUGCACCUUGUAGAAAUCCCAGGGCCCCUGGUUGCACUUUCUGUAGACUUGACUUAGGAGUGGAGAACUUAGCUGUCUCCUAAAAGCCCAUCCACACACUCAGAGGCACUUUUAAAGAUGUCCAUGCACGAAUGGUGGGCAUCACGGUUCUCUAAAACACUUCCAGAAUCAGCCCAUUCAAAAAGUUUUUAGGGCUUUCCACCCCCCAAGAAUAUUCUAAGACUUGGGGAGACCAUGUGCCCUUCGGUGACGGGCUGCUGUGGCUGGCUGAUUUCGGUUUUGCUCAUGGCUCUGGAUUGUCUCCAGACCUCACAGUUCAGGUUUCUUUCCAGCCACUUCCAGAAUGUCACACAUGACAUUCUCUCUGACCUUUUCCUGUGAAGCAUUGGGGGGGGGGGGGCGUGUUCUGUUUUUUUUUUCUGUACUAAGAAGUACGAUACAAGAAUGUAUUUUUCUUCUUAUUUUUUUUUAAUAAGAGGGUUUGCCCUUUCAAGGAAGGCCUCCCUGGAGACUUUCAGCUUUGGAGAUAGAUGAUGGGGCCUGCUUGGUACCACCCCAGCUCCUAAUCACCCUAUUCUUCCUUCUUCACCUGGGUUACUAGCAGCAUCGAGACCAGAGCCAGGCUGA